AUGGAGAAGGCAGCCGGGGUUCCACUGUUUCAGCGAUGGGCCGACAUGGCGGAAAUUGACCGGUUGCAGCUCAUCAAGAACUUGACGAAGCUGGAGGCUCAGUUAUCGUCCAUCGGAUUUCCCGCGUAUGGUGGUCUAUACCUUCGAGCAGAUACAGGCGCCCAGCAAUCCAAUUAUCAAAUGCUCAAUGAGAGUAUUGAUCCGUCACACACGUUUUGUAUUGGCCCGUCUUGUGAUCGUUCAUUUGACAUUGAUCCGGACACAGCCCUCGGACAGUCAAAAGGGCACUUGAACCAAGGACCAUGUGAGUACCGUGGAUCCUGGCAGUGCCACAAGCUAACCCAUUGCACAGGGAACACGAUAUCAGAUGUUGGGAUAUGUAUCGCAAAGCGCGAGCUAUCCCCGCUGUCGAGGAAGCGCUUGGAUAGGCCACCAACCUUCUAUCAAGGGAGCGUUGAAGAACAGGCCGAACUUUUACAGUCCACAAUGAGCCUUAUGCCCCUGCUGGAUUCCCAUCCAGCUCUAGUCAAGUCGGGCCGGCCUAUAUUGUGGCACACCGAUUUGCACAUGGGGAAUAUAUAUGUUGCGCCUGAUGAAAGCUCCCAGGUCGUAUCUCUCAUUGAUUUUCAAUCUCUAUCAGUGUUGCUUGCGUUUCUUCAGGCACAGUGGCCCAUAUUUCUGAAGCCCCCGCCCAAUUACCCAAAGGGGUUUGUCCAACCCCGACUCCCAGACGACUUUGAUGAACUGGAUGAAGAAAGCAAAUCACUUGCUCAACAGGAAUGGUCCCAGGCGAAGUGGGCAAAGGCGUACGAAGUUUCCACCUACCUGGAAGACAGAUUUGCCUAUGAUGCUAUGAACGUGCCGCGAGUCUUCCGAGAGCUUUUCAUUCGGUGUGCAGAGGUCUCCGAGGUGGGAGUUGUUCCACUUCGAGCAUGUCUCAUAGAGAUGUUUCAGAAUUGGUCGGGCCUCGGAUUUACUGGACAAUGUCCUCUCUCCUUUACUGAAGAGGAAAUCAAGACGCAUGAGCGCCAAUUCACCGAAUAUGAAGCUUGGCAUGAAGUCCAACGCCUGGCAUGGGAAUGUCUAGAUACUGACGCUGAGGGGUGGAUUGCGCCUCAACUGGACAUCACCGAAAAACGAAGGCAGAACCGGGCAUUGCUGUCUACGUUCCUCGAGCGGACGGCUGGAGAAUGGUCGCCUGAGGAAGCGAGGCAAAUGUGGCCAUUCCCGGAGGAAGCAUGA